AUGAACUCGCUUCAUCUGUUGUUUGUUUAUACGGAGGUGCCGAUUUCGGUGCAUUCUGAGCUUUCGCUUCGAUCUCGGCGCCUCGUUGUUUCUGAUCGGUAUGCUGCUCACGAUAACCUCCUCUCCCUCGACUUCCUCCUCUAUAAUAAUGACCGUCAUUGAAACGUCUACCCCGUCCUCGACCACGUUGAACAUGAGUGCCUCGUUUGUGUGAGUCAUGUGGAGCUUGAUCACCACGCGGUAUGUUCUCGAAUCCUGGUGGGACAUCCAACUCCACAUGUUCAGACUGAAUUUCCUCGUUCGUUUGCGGUGGUCCUGAUACAGAAGGCUCGACGGCUAGGCCUUCCACCUCAUUUGCAAGAACCACUACCUGAUAAGGUCGAAAGAUCAUAUCGCAUGUCAGACAUAAGAAGUUAG